GAGUGUGAGGGCUAGAGGAUUUUGUGGGAGGAGGGGUGGUGAUGGUGGCGGCGGCUCUCUCCCACUGCCGUUGAGUUGCCGGUUCCCACGCGGCGGCUGCAGCCUCGGCUAGACGUGGCGCGUGCUGUCUGGCGACUGGGUGCUGCAGUCUUGCACCCAGCCCAUGAUGCUAGCUUCUGCACGCGUGCUGCUUGAUGACACGGCGUGGAGCAGGGGCUAGGGACUGUGUGUGCACAUCGGCGACGCGGUCUUGUCUAAAAGGGGCGACACGCUCAGAGGGGCAGGACGGCGGCCUGUGCGUAGCUUACAGCCCAGGGGCCCGGCAUGUGACCACCUAUUGUACGUGUGUGUGUGUGCCGCGUGCACACGUCGCCCGCUCCUCUCUUUGUUCGCCAACCAGUGUGCUCGCUUUGCACGGAGAGGCACGAGAGCGGGAGACUGGAAUCCUCACCACGCUUGCUUCUUCUUGUCUGCAGAUCGUCAGAACCGUGGGGGGGUGGGGACUGUAACGUCGGUUUUUUUCUUGCCCGUGUGCUAUACCACCCCCGCCCAGCCUCGCCUGCCUGCCCUGAAGUCGACCAGCAUUCUUUACGGCUCUGCCGGUAGAGAAGAGAGAAAAAGCAAAAAAGAAAAAAAAAAGGCGUGGAUACUUCUCGUGCCAGACUGCUUUGUGGUGAGCCGACAUCUACAGCUGAUCACAGGGUACUGAUACAGCUGCACUGUGCACAUCUACGAUUGAUCACACCUUACAACACCGACAGGCACGUCUGCAAGCUCCUCACGGAGACCAUCAACCUAAGGCUGAACGGGUGAGUUUGGCUGAUAGCACAUUACUAUGACUACUACCAUGCCAUUGAUAGGAGAGAGAGUUGUGAGUCUGCUGCUAUUUGUCCACCUCAACAUGGCGUUGGAGACACUCAUCACAUUCCGUGACCCAGGGGGUAAUCCCUUUCAGCAGCUGAUUGUGCACAGUGUGACAGGCACUGUGUAUGCUGGUGCCACUAAUCGGCUGCACCGCCUGACCCCCACCCUCACUUUGCUGCAAAGUGCAGCCAUAGGACCCCGAGAAGACAACCCAAACUGCCCCCCACCUCUUUUACCUUGCCUUGAGGAGAAAACACUGCAUGACUCUGUGACCAAGGGACUAGCGAUAGACUAUGAAGACAACACUGUGUUAUUGUGCUCCACAUUGUACCAUGGCUUGUGUCAGAAGUUGGACUUGAGCAACAUCACUCAUGUGGUCAAGUUGAUUCACAUGCCACUUGUCCCCAACGAAAAAGAUUCAUCGUGCGUAUUGUUUGUGGGCCCCAGCAUGAAUGGCGAGAAGGCCUUGUAUGUUGGGGCUGAGUACAGCAACCUGGGGAACAAAAACUACAGAGACUUGGUGUACAGCAUCAGCAGUCGCCAGCUCAGUGACCUUAACCUCAUCUUUAGGGACCAAGAUGGAAAUUCCAAGAAGGUUAUGGGCACAAAAAAAGUUAUCAAGGAUGAGUUCAAGGCAAGCUUCCCUGUGAAGUAUAUCUAUGGAUUCAUCAGAGGUAUGUUUGCAUAUUUUGUGACAGUCCAGAAAGAGAGCCCCACAUCAGAUAAGAUGGUUUCACGCAUCAGUCGGGUGUGUACCCAGGAUCGCUUUUUCUACUCGCACAUUCAGCUUCCCUUGCUGUGUGAUGCCUCCUCAGUAGCACGCUACGACAUCAUCCAUGGAGCAGUACUUCACCCCAAGGAAAAUAAGCUAUUUACUAUUUUUUCUGAUUCUACUGCGGACACCUGGAAUGAGGGACAGCAGGCAUCAGUCCUGUGUGUUCUAGAUUUAAACCAAGUUGAUGCAGAGUUUAAUCGCAGUGUAGAGGAAUGCUACAAUGGCAAUGGUCGAGUUGGCCCGCAACACUUUGAAACAGUGCGCACCUGUGUGAAAACGACUGCUCCUGUGGAUAUGUGUGCCCAAAAUCCAGAAGCAGAAGCCUACCCAUCUAUUGAGGGUAGUCGGCCUGUGUUAGCGGUAGCUGUCUGGACACUGGUGGGUCAGCUAGGCACAGCACUAACUGUUCAGAGCAGUGGCCAGCUGGAUUUGGCCUUCAUUGGCACAACAGAUGGAGACUUACUGAAGGUGGUUGUACAGGGAACAAGUGGCAGAGACGUUGACAGGUUGCGAGUGGACUCGCAGGGUCCAGUGCUGCAGGUGGUAGACUCAACUGAUAUGGAUAACCUCUAUGUCCUUACACCAUCCAAAGUAUCACUCGUUUGGGCUCGUCACUGUGAGCAUCGAAGCAGUUGUGAGGAAUGUGUUGCCGAUAGUGAUCCUAUGUGUGGUUGGUGCAUCAUGCAAAACAGAUGUACUGCUGAAGUACAGUGUGAUAGAUCAGCCAUCACUCCCAACUGGCUUCCUGCAGCAACAGCAACUUGUGCAGCCAUGACAAAUAUCCAGCCACAAGCGGUCAGCUUUGAGAGUCUUCAGUCUGAUAUCCAGUCCACCAAGCAGAUAAGUUUUGAGCUUGAUCAUGUCAGUGUGAAGCCUGAGAAGGAUACCAAGCUGGGUUGCAUGUUUGUAGCUGGUCAGUCAGAACACCAUACCCCAGCUACUCUCAAGGAUCAUGUCAUCACAUGUCCCCUUCCUGAUCACACUCGCUUACCUCGCAUACCUCAGGGUAAGGAUCAUGAGGACAUGGUUCUUCAUUUCCAUGUACAAGGCAAAUCAGUUGUAACAAGAAGUGUUUCUGUGUAUGAUUGCAGAAGUAACACAGACUGUAGCAGCUGCACUAACAGCUCCUACCAGUGUCAAUGGUGCUAUGCUAGUGGAAUCUGCCUGAGACAAGGCAAUGCAUGCCCUGCCAACAAGGAGUAUUCUGUCACCCCCAUUACCUCUCCUAGUGCCUGCCCCCUUAUUUGGACAUUUUUAAAAGACAAAGACAUAUUAGUGCAUGCUGGAGAGAGCCGCCAGAUUGCAGUGCAAGUGCGCAACCUGGAAUCAAGUCGGACAAAAGAGGUCAAAUGUCACUUCAGCUACCUUGAUUCUAACUUCUCUGUAGCAGGUGCCAUUUCUUCUCAGUCCUUGACUUGCAGUCCUGUUAGGUUUGAUUAUGCUGACAAGAUGCAGCUACCAUACGUAACUGCCAACUUCAAGGUUACCUGGGGCCCCAGUGCUCUUCCCUUGGACAAUUCUCAAAAUAUUCAGGUGAGGAUCUACAAGUGUCCUCUGAUGGUCACCAACUGUGGCAAGUGUCUGAGCAUGGAUGCUGAGUACGAGUGUGGUUGGUGUGGCGACAGAUGUACUCUGCAAAAAUAUUGCCCUCCUUCCUUGUCCUGGAUGGACCGUACAGCCACCUGCCCUGGGCCUCAAAUUUUGCGAUUUAGCCCUACUACUGGGCCAGUCAAGGGCCGAACAAGCAUGUCUGUGACAGGUCUCAACCUUGGUAAAACCUAUGCAGACAUUGCGGGGGGCAUCACUGUUGCUGGUGUCAACUGUGAGGUCAAACCUGACCACUAUGAACCCUCAUCUGGGUUUGUCUGUGAGACAGAAAUGACGGACAAAGCAGUAAAUGGUACUAUCACUGUGGUUGUUAACAACCAGUACAAAGCUGAAUCAGAUUCACCCUUCUCCUUUGUUGAUCCAGAAUUGGUGGACAUCACACCCAAAGUAGGACCAAGGUCAGGAGGCACAACUAUCUGCAUCAAAGGAGAAGACAUGGAUGCAGGCAGUGACGUGACUGUUAUGAUAGAUGGCGGGUUAUGCCAAGUGCUCAAACGAAAUCGGACUGUGGUGGAGUGUGUGACACCAAAGCAGACUGGAACAGAAAGUAAUGUGACAGUGGAAGUCAAUUUUGGUGGGAGCAAAAAAUCUGCUCCGCAGAAAUUCACUUAUGCCGCCGAUCCUGUUAUCUUCAGGAUUGAGCCCAUGAAAAGUAUACUCAGUGGUGGAACAUUAAUCAGAGUAAUGGGCAAGGAACUGAACCUGAUACAAAAUCCCAAGUUCUUUGUGACAUAUGGUGGCAAAUUUUUUACCUCUAAAUGUGUAGCACCAGAGCCAUAUGGAUUAGAGUGUGAGGUGCCAGAGAUGCUCAACACUGUAACAGCAGCAGGUGCUAAUGUGACAGAAACCAGUCCUCUGGAGGUACACUAUGGCUUCAGUUUGGAUGGUGUAACAACAUUCAGAAACAUCUCCCACCAGCCAACAUUUCCUCCACUGCUUCUCUACCCUGAUCCUGACAUUAUCCCAUUUUCAGAACAGGAGCAGACCAAGCAGCACAGAGACAAGAAUCACCUGGUUGUCAAGGGCCAGUUCCGUAUAAUCAACAAUCUUAUGGCCAGUGUGUUCGUAUAUGUUGGAAAGGAACCUUGUUUAAAUGUUGCUGCAACAGAUACCGUAAUUACCUGUGAGCCACCUUCUAAGGCUCCAGAUGGUACUGACCUCAGUGGAAAGGCCCAAGUACAGGUGCGCAUUGGGAACUUGGUACGGACUGUGGGCUUUCUGCGCUAUUAUGAGGCAUCUGGAGCAGAUAAACCUAUGGCACUAGGUGUUAUUCUAGGUGUAGUUCUUCCCAUCCUGGCCAUCAUAAUCUUACUGACAGUUUGUGUGUUACGCCGCCACCGCAAGCACAAGCCAGCUACAGACUACAUCCCAGACGUUUUGCAAGACUACCAAGGUCAAAAGGAAGAAGAAGAAAUUGGCUUAAACCAUGUUGCUGUCACUGCCGACAUGAAUGGUCAGCUGUGUGAUGAGCGAGAUUCUGGACCUUACAUUGCUGAUUUGCUAGGGCGGUUUGAUGACACAGCUCUCCGUCACAGUAUUACAACAAUGUUAAUACCUCGAAGCAAAUUGGAUAUGGGCGAGUUAAUUGGAAAAGGCCACUUUGGGGCAGUAUACAAAGCACAACUACAGCGUGGAGAUGACAAAUCAUCUCAGGUUGCUGUAAAGACACUCCAAGCAAAAGUCAGCGAAGUAGAGGCUAUACAAAACUUUCUGCAGGAGACAGCACUGCUGAAGGAUCUACAGCACCCCCAUCUUCUGCCCGUGGUUGGUGUGUGUAUCACUGCUAGUGAUGACCCCAUGGUUGUGUCACCUUUCAUGGCUACUGAAGAUCUCAAGAGUUAUAUACGAGAGCCAUCCAAGAUGCUGACUGUAGCUGACCUGGUUGGCUUAGCUAGUCAGAUUGCUGAUGGCAUGGCAUACCUGCAGGAAGUGAAGGUUGUGCACAGGAACUUGGCUGCAAGAAACUGCAUAGUGACGGAGGAGAGAUGUGUUCGUCUAACAGACUACGGUGUAACUGGGACCCUCUUCCCACAGCAGCACUAUGUUUCUGAAGAUGGAUGUGCACAGGGUCUACUCAGGUGGAUGGCCCCAGAAUCAGUCAUCAAUUUUCAGUUCUCCUCCAAGUCUGAUAUUUGGUCAUUUGGCAUUGUCUUAUGGGAGUUGUUUACAAGGGGCAUUACGCCCUACCCUGAUGUGGACAAUGCCGGUAUUUUGGCUCAUGUCACUGAAGGCAAGCGCAUGAAGAAACCGAAACAGAGUCCAGAGGCAGUAUAUGGGAUGAUGCUGGCAUGCUGGAGUCAAGCUCCAGAAGACAGACCUGACUUUUCUCAGCUGCUCCAGCAGCUGCAGCUGCUUAUCUCACCCAAGGAGAAUGAAGAUGAUCCUUCAUGUCAACUGCUUAAUAAUUCUGUGGAUAUCAGUGGCUCAACAGAGUACUUGGAGGUCAUAGGGUGAUCGCUUGGCAUUUGACAGUCUCUAAUAGAAUCUGAAUGUGAUGAAGUGAAGAAACUGUACCUCAACCUUCAGAUUUAUCGUCCACUAGACAGACUUAGUCCUAAAGUUGAUUUUAGCCAAACUUACUCCAUAAUGGAGACCUUGUAGAAUCAGGGUACUUGCCAGUAAUCCAACGGCCACCAGUUUUGAAAUGCUGGCAGGAUUACUCAAAUGUCCUUGGAGAUGAGGUUAAUGUGUGCAAGGUUAGAGCUUGUGCUGAUAGACAGCUACAGAUGAGCAUUAAAUCAAGCAGUAAACCCUUUUCCUAACAUGAUGUGUGAUAGUGGUUCAUUGAUCAGCAUUUUAAUGCAUUGGUUGUCUGUCAGCAUAACAAUGUCCAAUAGCAAGUAACAUCUUUACACCUGCUAGAGAUGUGGUGCAUAAGGUGUGACCUGGAUGCCAGCUAGAACAUUCAUGUGUAACUGACUUCACUGUAUAUUGCACAUGUACUUGCUGCCAAAGGCUACAACUUUUUUCACUUAAUUACAUCGUUGUGAUGAAACUUUGGGGAUCUGUUCACAUCAACAUACGAUUCAAAAAUAAAACUGGACUAUACAAAGCAAACAAAAAGAAUGAAAUAGCUUCAAAUGUGAGGAAGAUAAUAACUGCUUACUAAUGAGAAAAAGCAUGUGUGUGGAUAAAUGCUAAAACAUCAAGUCAAAGCUCAAUUCAGAGUGAAAUUGUGACAAAUGUGCCAACUUAAAAGUACGCACCAAGACUUCCGUGCCUCUACCAUCUUUCACUUUUUGCAGAGUCCUUGCACUGCAGGACUGGCACUCAAACAGCUCCUCAUGACGUUGCCCUGCAGAUAGUGACAGUAACCUACAGAGGCAGAAACAUUCUCCAAACACUAGGUUUAGAAGAAGUCACCCUGCAAAUAGCAGCAAUAACCUUUAGCAGUAGGCACCUGCUCAGUCUGUACCUAGCUAUAGGAUUAGAAGUAGAUGUUUUA